AGGAGCGUUCUUUCAUCCAGGAGAUACAUUACCAGUGCUAAAGAAACAACUUGAUGAAAUUAAAGAUACAACAUACUGUUUUGAUAACGAAUCAUUUAGAUUUCUAGCGGCACACAUAAUAAAUUGUACACCUCACAAAAUAAUUGUUACUAUAUCACUUAAUAAUGCUAGACAAAUAGUGAUGAUUCUUUAUAAACCUCUUGCAGAAGUAAUUCCAAAUGUUCAAGAAAAUAUUGCCCAGAUUGAAAAGUUAAAAAAAGAAAUACAAAGUUCUGAUAUAACUGCUGAAGGGCUUAAAAAUAAGCUCAUUUGUAAAAAAUCAGUUGUUGAUAAUACAAUUGGAAGCUGCCAUGUUAAAUGGAAAAUGUUAAACGCAUUUAUGCAGAAGC